AACUGUAUUAAAGGAUGAUAAAAAAGAUAAAGUAUUUUGAUAAACUUUUAGGCUCUUGUAAAUAAAUGUGCUUGUGCUUGGAGACAUUUUUCUUAAAAUACAAAUAAAAAAUGAGAUACAAUAAGAGACACAUCUUGUGAUAAGGAUUUGUGAAUGAAAGACUCACUCGCGAAUGUAUAUUCUUCACUUUUAUAUUGUAUUUAAUAUUUUUUAUGUCGUUUAAAAAGAAAUAAUAACACAACAUCAAGUAACAAUUUUCAUAAUUCUCUUUUUCUGAAUAAUAUAAAGAAAUCUGUCUGUAUAAAAACCAUCUUGUGUUAUGUCUAGAAAAUACAUUAUACCUUUAAUAACUUUAACUGUUACAAUCCAAGAACGAACGAGAAAAAUGUAUUGUUUUCGAUGGGAAAAUAAAUGCUCAUAAUAUUUUUUAGCAUUUUUGUCAGAACUGAUUGAGUUUAUUGGAGCUAAGAUAUUAGUGUUUUUUGUUGUUGUUUUUGCUUCAUUUUUCUUUUUUGCUAUAUCGAAGAAACAUGAUAACAUAUAAUUAUUUACUUCUGAAGCAAGGUGUUUAGCCAUUUCUUUUAAGACAAAUAGAAGUAAAACUCCUUCAAAAGCUGAAAUAAUUAUUUAAGUUGAAAUCCACACUAAACGAUUGGUAGAUACUGACACAAAAAUUUGUUUUGCUGUAGAAAAGAACAAAGAUGCUUGAUCUAGUUUCAUCCUUCGAUAAAGAAUCUAAUGCUAAUUUACUUCUUAUCAGGCCUAUAAUAGGUAGCUUUACCACCCUGUAGAUUAGUGCAGAUAAAAUAUAUGCAAUGUUAUUAUUAUAUUUAGAUUUCAUAGCCUAGAAAUGCCGAAAUAUAAGAAAAGUUAUAUUUCGUCUGGGUCACAGACAACUCACUUAUGCACAAUUUUUUAAUAUAACAGUAUAAAAUUUCAUGCCUUUGAAGAAUUUAAAAACCUUAAGAAAAAAAUGUUUGCAAAAAACAAAAUGCAAAACUCCAGAAUUGUGCAAAAUGUGAAAUACAACAUUGCGAAUGCGCAAAUAUUUAAACUGUGAAAAUAAAGAUGGCGAAUUAAAUACCUCGACUAGCUAUUAUAUAUACAAUACGAGAACAUCGCUUAUAUUUGUAAAGUGAUUUUGUUUAUUUUGAAUUUACAGAGAAAAUUCAAAGGUUGAAGUUUGCGAAGACAUGGUAUAAUAUCGCAGACAUCACUUCGAUAAUUUUUCUUUCGCAUCCGUUCUAUAGUUAUUUUAUAGUUCUAAUCACGAUUGUAAAGCAAUUUAAUUCUCUUACAUUAACUAUGAGAUACUUUUAGUAACUUUAGCUUAGGCAAGCCAGGUUGUCAUGGCGACAAAGAGAUAUAAACUAAUAAAAACAUGACUGUAAUACUUUUUUGAUGACAGAAAAUAAAGCUUUAAUUCACGUACGAAAUUAUAAGGAUAUAAAUGUAGAAAAAUGGAGAAAAAUAAAAAGUCAGUGUAAGAAAAAUUGUUUUCUCAAUUUAUUAACGCAGGCGGCUUUAAAAAUGGGAACUUCAAUUCGCCUUAAGUAGGCCGGUAAGGAGAAAUCAUCCAAAAGUUUUGAUGCGCAAGUCUGAAGGAUCUCAGGCUACUUUAACCCUAUUCGGUCCAGGGUUUUUCAAACAUAUUAUGACCGGGAGGGGGAACUUCGCUCCCCUCGAUAACUUUUUAUAAGGCAUGUCCAAAUCGAAUCCAACUUUACACACUUAUAGUACGUCAAGAAAGGAACAAAAUGUCAGUACGUUUUCUGUGACGUCCCUGAAAGCAUGAAAUUUGAUCGAAAUACCACUAUCUAGUUAAAUUAAAUUUGUUUAGUUCUAGAACGAAUUUUUACAUUCUGUUUCAUGUUUCUAAAAGCCAAAAUGUUUGACCUGAUUUUUACAUAGUUCGCAUAAAAAAAUCAAAAGUUGUAUGAAAAUCUAACUUCUCCCAAAUUUCGGAUAAAAUCCAAAGAAGUGGGGAAAUCGGAUUAUCCACGUGUCCAAAACAUACACAAGGAUUCUACUUGAUGAAACAAAGUUGUGUUGGAAGUUUCAAGUUUUAAGAAUAAUCCCAUCAAAGGCUAUUAUAUUUCUCUAUUAUAAGAAUUUCAUAAAGAUUUUUGCUUUUAGUAAUAAAGAUUUUUUGGUAGUUUUUAGUAAUAAGCCAAUGUCAAAACCGCAUGAGAGGUAUUUGAUUAAAAAAUUUGGCACGCAUGUGUCUAAUAGAUAAAUAUUAUUAACAUAAAGGGGUUAUUUAAAAAAAACGUCCGGGGAGGCGGAAUCUUGCCUUAGGUAAAAAAAAUAUUGCCUUGUCGAAGAAGUCAGCGUCUUGGACAACAGGGUCAAUGUCAACGAGGGGAAGAAAGUCCUGAUGGUGUCGUUUGAUUUUAGCAUAAAAAUAUCAAAUAAAACUUCAUAAAUCUUUUUUUUUUUUUUUACAAAAUGAAACUGAUGUGCUGUAUUUUUCAUAAUUAGAUAAUUAGAUAAGUAUCCCAUCUUGUGAAUAUACCAGUUAUUUCUCUACAGUGAUCAAACUAAGUACAUUUUUCACCGUUUUGAAAAAUAACUUACUGAAAAUAAUAUAUAUAAAAUGAAUUUGUGUUCAAAAUAUUUUAAUAUAUAUUCCACAGAUUUUUAGUCCCACUCAGAAAACCUAGAAUUUCCUAAGUUACUGAUAACUUAAGUUAUCUAACUUCGAAUUUUAAAUGAAGAAUUGUAUUGACGACAGAAGUAAAGAAAAGUGGAAGAAGAAGGAAAGGUAAAAAUAGAAAAGAAGAAUAUGGAAUAGAGAAUUGGUAAUUUUAAUUUGGGCUAUUUGAGAAUUGGUCAUCAUUUAGGUCAAAAAUAAAAAGUCUACAAAAACACCCGUUAACAUUUGAUUUAGUUUUAAUUAGGUUAUGCUAUGGGAAAAUAACAUUUAAUACCAAGGCAGGUCCUACUUUUUCGUACAUUUUGCACCAUUUGUACAACUCUCUUGAAAAAUUUAGUGUCGGACGGAAAUUUUCAUUAUAGCCUUUUACCGGCGUUUCUUUUUAAAAAAGAAGUUUUUGAACGUCUCAAAUCUGUUUGAGUUGGAGGAGGGAUUAAAAAACUGUCCAAAAAAGAUAAAUAAUUAAAAAAAUAGAUUGAAAUAAAGCUGUUUUAAUUAAAGUGCGUCCAAUAAAAAUGAAUACUUUCAAGAACUUUUAAAAACACAAAACUUUGAAUAUUUUUCACGGUUUAUAAGAAAGCUUAUUAAAACCGAAAUUGUUGCUAAGUAUCAAUUAAACCCUUUCGGAGAAAAGAAACACAGAUAAUACAUCCAUAACUUGUCAAGAUUUUUCAAUGUGAAGACUAUUUUAAAGCGAUUCCUUUUUUUCCGUCCGACACUAAAAUAAAUAAUGUCACUCCAUUGCUCUUUAAGCUAUUUUAGAACUUUCGAACGUCGUUCGAAUGAUCGAAUGUUUAUUUUUUUAAAUCAUUCACGUCUUUGCUGACAUUUAAAAUGGAGCCAACCGAAAAUGCGUCGUCUGUCUCGUCAGCAAUGUCUCAUUCUUCUACGACCAAUGAAAAUGCACCAGCCAUUAUUAAAAAACGUGGUCGUCCAAGAAAGGGUGAGCUUCCCAUGACGAACUCUCAAAAAUGCAAAAAUUAUCGAGCAAAGAAUAACACAAUUGAAAAGAAGAAAACCGAGGCGCUACGAAAAAAGAUUUGGCGCCAAAAUCUCAAGAACAAUCCUUCAGACUAUGAACGUUACAAAGUAUCGGAACGUCAUCGCAAACUAAAGAAAGCACAAGCAACAGCGGCCCAACAAAUUGAAGACGCAUCCAUCGAACCUACCAGCAGUAACGAUUCGACCCUGAGCACCAGUUCUAUAGAAGACAUCGAUUCUACCGAAAACACAAAUGGUAUCGACUCAGAAAGUCCCACAAGCUCCCAAUCAUGUCGUUCCUCAUCACCAUCGUCGUCAUCUACCUCAAGUUCCCCAAGCUCCUUCACCACAAAGCAAUCGCUUCACCGUAGCGUAUCGCGUGUGAACAACCUCCUACCAAAAAGCCCACAUAAAAAAGCUGAAGUCAUCGAGAAAUUAGCUAAGAAAUAUCAGGUGAAAUUUCAAUUCAAGAAAACUUCACGUGGUAGACCUCGAAAGGACUUGGAUGAAAAAGAAAAGCAAUGGUUGAUUGGCUUUCUCUCCCGCGCAGAUCUCACCUACACUAAUCCUGGACGAAAGGACAAUGUAUACAUAGGUAAAGUCGACGGCGAGAAAGUGUUCAAGCAGAAGCUUUACUUACUAUGGAACAUUAAAGACGUUCUUAAUAUCGCUAAUGGAUCCGGUAAAAUCAAAGUCCCGGACACUUUCUUUCAUAAAUUUGAAAAAACAUUCUCACAGCUUUACGAUUUUUUAAAAGCUCACAAAGAAUACGCCUUUAAUAAAAAUAUUCCACACGGCUCUUGCCUGUGUGAGAUAUGCGAGAAUGCAACUCUCCUAGCUAAAGCAUUGAAUAAAGUUUUGGAAAACCCAAUCCCUUCAAAUCCCCACGAUUUAGUCGAGAAGUUUGCAUGUAACCUCUCUUUAAAGAAAUGUGCGUCUAGUCAGUGUGAACAGUGUUCUACUUUUGAUUUUGGUCCAAGAAAGUCCGAUUCACACUCCGAAUCCUCAUCCUCGUCUUCAUCUGAAAAGGACAGUGCCGAUGACGACAUUCAAUAUUUCUGUUGGACAACCAUAGAGAAAAGGAUAACAAAAGCGAAAUUUCUCUUGGUUUCGAGGAUGCUGUCGCGUUAAAAUCUUGAAGGAACGUUAAAAUCUUGAAGGAACAUAUUUCGGUCAAACGCAUCCAGUUUUCUGCGUAUGUUCAACAGAAACAAGAUCUCACUGCUGAUGAUUUGUUUGUGCACGUAGAUUUUGCAGAAAACUAUAAGAACGAUCAGCAAGACGAAAUUCAGAGCGCUUAUUUUGGUCACCAGAGCUUCUCCUUAUUUACAUCAUGCUGUUAUUUCCUGGACGAAGAGCAAAAGCUAGAUCAUAAAAGCAUUGUCGUUAUUACCGAAAGUUCAGAUCACAAUCGCAUUACUUCGAUGAGCUCCUUGAAACAAGUUGUGGAGAUUGCUGAAGAAUGGACUAAACGGAAAUUUCAUCGCCUAAUCGUUUGGAGUGAUGAAAUGGGCUCCCUAUUUCGUUCGCGUUUCGUGUUCAAGAUUCUAUCUGCUACCAUCCUCGCUGAUAAAAGUUUGAGUUGGUUCUACAAUGAGCGUCACCACGGAAAAGGACCGAUGGAUGGGGUUGGAGGUACGCUAAAAAAUGUCAUUUUUCAGCCUUCAAAACUGUAUUUUAUGAAGUUAUUUAUGAUGUUCCUUGGCAUUUAUUUA